CUCGAGCCAACCGGCGAGCUGCUGGCUGCGCGUGGGCAGUUACGAAGCCACGUUGGGAGCCGGAUGAAAACGCUGAGUCGCGCCGGGGGACGGCUUGGGUGGCUCUGGGGUAGUUUGCCGCGUCAUGGCCUCCUAUUUCGAGGAGCACGACUGCGAGCCGGGUUCCGGGCCGCCGGAGACGCUGCAUCGCCGGGCGCUGUUGGAGCUAGCUAGGUCUCUGUUCCACGGCCUGGAGCUUGAUCUGGGCUCCUUGGAGGACGGCGACUGGGCACAUCGGCUUCCUCCCCCAGCUUCCAGGCGAGUCGUUGAGAACCUCCCUGUGGUGCAAGUGACCCCGCUGCAGGCAGGUGCAGGGUUGAAGUGUCCUAUAUGCCUGCUUGAAUUUGAGGAGGAUGAGGUGGUCAGAAAGAUGCCGUGUGAACACUUCUUCCACAAAGACUGUAUCCUUCCCUGGCUUGGAAAGACCAACUCCUGUCCCCUCUGUCGUUAUGAACUGCCUACUGAUGAUGAACUAUAUGAGGAGUUCAAACAGGACAAGUUGCGGAGGGAGCAGCAAGCACAUCGGCUGGAGUACCUUCAUGGGGCAAUGUACACAUGACACAUCCUUUCCUCUUGAGCCUUCCCUACUCCCCCCCAGCACAGGGGGAUUACCUACAACCACUUUCAUGGCUGGCAGGGACCAGGAUGCUCUUGGCACAGUAUUCCUCCUCUUCCUGUAUCUGGCCAUGGGCUUGUCCCACAGAAAUGCUGCCUUCUUCCAGGAGUCCAGAAAUAAAUUUCUCCAUGCUUAUUAAA